AUGCCAAUCUUGAGUACGUCUCGUAUCAAAUACACCAUUCUCUAUGGGCAACUUUUUAUUAUUCUGGUUGCGUUCUCAUCGAUUUACCCACAAAUUCAUGGACUUUUUGGAGAGCGCGGACUGCAGCCGGUAGCCCCGAUGCUAGAAUGUGAAGAAGAAAAUAUUUUUCAAUGCCGUCUUCCACUUCUUCGCUUCACUUGCAACCUUUUACACCUUUCGCCAUCUGUCGGUCUACAAGUGCUUUGUUUCAUCGGCAUUUGUCUAUCCGCUUACUCUAUAGUCAAGCCACGAUGGCAGAAUAUGGCGAUAUUCUUGAUCCUUUAUUUUCUAUAUCGGACUAUCUAUGAAGCUGGUGGCGUGUUCAUGUACUAUCAAUGGGAUGCUUUUCUGCUCGAGUCGACAGUCUACGUGGCGAUUUUGGCAUUUUUCAGAGAUGGACCAGCAGAUAUUGUGGCUAUAUUUGGUAUCGUCGUUCUCAUUGUCCGUGUUACAUUCAUGACUGGAGCAACAAAAUUAUUAAGCAAGUGCCCUGAAUGGUGGAGCCUGAAUGCACUUGACUAUCACUUCGAAUCUCAACCUAUGCCAACUCCACUCUCGUUCUACGCUCAUCACUUUCCUUCAUUUCUCAAACAAGCCGCAACACUGGCCACCUUCUGCUUUGAGAUCGCACUUCCCUGUAUGUAUAUGAUCCCCGUGAUCCAUGUCCGAUACGUGAUGUUCUUUGGUCAAUUUCUUCUUACGACACUCACAAUUCUUACAACCAACAAUGGAUUCAUGAAUUACAACGUGCUUGUUUUGUUGGUGUCCAUGUUGGAAAUUCCAAGAGUCCCACAAGGUGAACCAUUCCUCUCGAUGUUGAUUUUUGCACGGAUCGCAUAUGAUGUGAUUUACAAGGGACGCUUUAAGAUAAUCACAGAGGUUGGAAGCUGGCCGACUUUCACAUUGGAUAUGAAUUAUGAAUCGUUUCAAAAGCUGGUGAGAUACUAUAUCGACUUAUUGGUGAUCAUCAUAAUAAUCAUGCUAGCUGUUACGAUUCUACGGGCCAUUUUGCAAAGUUGCCUCUCGACCGACAAAUUCUCGAAAAUGUUCCAUGUGGCGUUUGUCGCUAGUACUGUAGUCAUUCUUAGCGUGUACGGCUUUAUACCGUUACUUCGUCUCGACGAAAAACUUGCUACGAAGACCAACGAAAAUCCAAUCAUUAUGACAUACUACGCAGCAGCCAACAAAUGGGGAGUUGCUAACUCCUACGGUUCAUAUAGACAGACUACUGGCAAAUUCGGACGUCCAGAGAUUGUGAUCGAAGGAUCGCAUCAAGUGGAAGGACCAUGGAAGGAAAUAGGAUUCAAAGUGAAACCCGGACUUCUGUCUAAGCGUCCACAAUUCGUGUCUCCUGGACACCCAAGACUUGAUGUUCAAAUGCAUUAUGCUGCUCAUGGAACUUACCAACAAAAUCCGUUCUUCUUAUCGCUAGUUUAUCAUUUAAUGCAGAACACCACAGAAGUUGUCGGCUUGAUUGAGGAUUACCCAUUUAAAAAUCGAUCGGAACCAAUGAAGUUCGUACGCGCUAAGCUCUACAUGUAUCAUUAUGCAAAGAUGGAUGAUAAAAACUGGUGGACACGCGAUUUCCAAGAAGAAUACAUGCCAGCGUUCAACAAAGGAAACGAAGCGCUACAGAAAUACCUCACUGAACACAAUAUCAUCAUUAAAAAGAAGUCGCAAUUCAUUAAUGGACCGCUUGGAUUGUACCUCAAGCAAUACCAUCGCCUGACUGGAGGAAACGACCUUUUCUAUACAACCGUCAUCUUCGUUGGAAUGAUGCUCAUCAGAAGAAUCCAUAUAGUUCUAUAUCCACAUUACCAUAACCACGCUAUUGAUGAUUGA